AUGCGAGCCAGCAGCCGGCAGCAGAGGAUGCACAACGUGCAUACGAGGGGCGUCAGAGGAAUCCUUCCAAUUCGCUCCGGUCGAGCCACACUGCGAGCAUCAGCCGGGGCAACACGCGGCUGUCCUGCAUCCAACCGCCUUGGCCGCCGCAAUCACUCGAAAUCCAAAUCCGCACCCCAAACGCACAGGUCAACAACGUUGAGCCACGAGCGAACACUGCUUAUCGGUCCCACAAAGCCGCCUCGCACAGUGCCGCCAGCGCCUCCACAGCACGCCAUCACCAAAGCGCUUGCCCCACCAAACAUCACCCCCUUCCCUUCGCACGCAAGCAUCGAGUUCCAACACCAAGUGUUCGGCGCUCCUGGCUCUCUUGACCCUCCCGUCUCCGUGGACCGUCAUCAUCGCCUUCCGGCAUCCGUCGUCACCUUCUGCCAGGACAAGUCAGCCGCUAGCCAGCCACAGACCGGCUCGUUGGCCAUCAUGUCUUCUGGUGCAGGCGGUGGCCCAGAAGCCGUCGACGAGGCCUCUUCUCUUCUCCCGGCCAACCACUCCUCCCAGCCCCGUCGCGAGUCCUUCAGCAUCGGCCGUCUCAUCAACCCUUUCCGAGGCAGUGCAGGCAGCGCAGGUAGCGCAGGCGCUCAACGCGCCACGGAUCCACAGCAGUACCAGUACGACGCUCGACGUCCCUCGAAUGCUUGGACUCCGACCAGUCCAAACGCCCCGCAAAACGCCCAGCGCAGGCGCAACAACAAUAACAACAACAAGUUCCCUCGCUCGGUCACCUUUGACUCGCCCCACUCCUCUUUCCCACCCGGUCCCAAGCAGGACCGCUCGAGGGUGACGAGCUACCAUCCGCCCUCCAACAACCGCUCGCACGGCAUGGACGACGACAAUGACUCGGGCUACGACAUCGAGCGCCAGGGCUCCGGCUGGAACCGUCGCAGCGUCAACUCGUCCGCCUUUAGCCACCUCGAAGGUCGCAGCUACCGCUUCCAGCCCUCCCAGGACACGGCCAGCCUCGCCACCUCGCUCGUCCCGGGCUCCUACACCGCCACCUCGUCGUCCAUUCGCGACGAGACCGCUCAGCUCGCCGGCAUGAUCAUGUCCGACGACGAGGCCCAAGGCAGCACCAGCGACUCGCACAUGUCGCACAUCUACGACAUUGGCGAGGGCGACGAGGAGCCCUCUCCACCUGCGCAGCUCUUUCCGCCGCGUGCAAAGGAUGCGGCCGACUUUAGCCCCACCACCUCACCCAUCGCCUCUCUCGGCGUCCAGGCCGGACCCAGCAAUCUCACCCGCGCCAUGGCCGCCUCCCACCAAACUAGCCCUCAGAGCGCAAAGUCGUCUCUCCGCUCCGAGGAUGAUGGCAGCCAAGCUACUCCCCGUGUCACCUCCUUCCUCGGCCUUUCGCAGCCCGUCGCCACCCCGCAGAACCUCGCAGAGGAGGACGAGCUGGAGGACAAGAGCUUGGGCGCAGGCCUUGCCGCCGCCUCGCCUGCGAAUGAGUCGCGCCCGCUGUCGCGCAGCCGUUCGCGCUCAUCCGCCAGGCGCACGUCUCGUUCGCAUCCUGCCUCGGCGGAUCGCUCGGUGUCGCGCGACCGCCAAGAGUCCGAGACCGGCCAGUCCUCUUUCAGCCAGUUCAGCACCUCGGAGCAGCAGCAGCGCGCCGGUAUCGGUUACGGCGCCCUAGCUCAGGCCGAACAGUCCGUUUUCGAGGCUGAACACGGCAUCCCAAGGCAGCCACGCAGAGCGUCCCACCAUCCACCCGAGCCCCAAAAGACGCUCAACCCGUUCUGGACCAUGGUCCCCAAAGGCUGGAGACCGGGCGAGGGCGAAUACCCCAUUCGAAGCCUCAACCCGGCACAGCACGUCCACGACUUUAUCCAAUCGGUUCGCGGCAUCACCUGGAAGUCGGCCGCCGAGGCAAGCGUCGAACCCAUCCGCCUCAUCCCGGCCGUCAUCCUCGGCAUGCUCAUGAACGUCCUCGACGGCGUCUCGUACGGCAUGAUCAUGUUUCCCGCCGCCUACCCCAUCUUUGCCAACUUUGGCGGUGACGGCGUGUCGAUGUUCUUUGUCACCUGCAUCCUCUCCCAGCUCGUCUACACGCUCGGCGGCUCCAUCUUCAAGGGCGGCAACGGCAGCAUGAUGAUCGAGGUGGUGCCCUUCUUCCACAUCCUCGUCCGCAUCAUCAUUGAAGAGCUCGGCGACGAGAAUCCGCAAGCCGUAAUCGCCACUACCAUGGUGGCAUUUGCCCUCUCGUCCGUGCUCACCGGUCUUGCCUUCCUGCUGCUGGGUGCGCUGCGCCUUGGCGUGCUUAUUGGGUUCUUCCCGAGGCACAUCCUCGUCGGAUGCAUCGGUGGCGUCGGCAUCUUCCUCAUCGAGACCGGUCUCGAGGUCUGCAGCCGACUCCAGUCCGAGGACGGAUUCCAGUACAACCUCGACACGCUGCGCUACUUUUUCCAGUCGGGCCACAUGGUCGCGCUCUGGCUGCCACCGCUGCUGCUCGCCGUGCUGCUGCGUGUCAUCACCUCGCGCUUCCACCACCCGCUCAUCUUCCCUGGAUACUUCCUCAUGAUCCCCGUGGUGUUUUACGUGGUGGCGUCCGGCUUCCUCGGCAUUCCGAUUCAGCACCUGCGCGACGACGGCUGGGUGUUUGACAUUGGCGAGUCGGCCAGCAAGGCGGCCUUCUACCGCUUCUACACCUACUUUGACUUUGGACAGACCAGCUGGCGUGCGCUGUGGGCGACCAUGCCUACGCAGCUCGCCAUGGUCUUCUUCGGCAUCCUCCAUGUGCCCCUCAACGUGCCCGCGCUCGGCGUGAGCAUCAACGAAGAUAACGUGGAGACGGACCGCGAGCUCGUCGCACACGGCAUCUCCAACAUGCUCGCCGGCCUGAUUGGCGUGGUGCCCAACUACCUCUGCUACGUCAACAGUGUGCUCUUCUACCGCGUUGGCGGCGGAUCGCGCCUCAGUGGUCUCAUGCUUGCGGGUGGCACAGCGAUCAUCAUGAUUGCAGGUCCUGGCACGAUCAGCUACCUGCCCAUCAUGAUCGUGGGUGCGCUCAUCUUUGUGCUGGGCAUCGACCUGGCCAAGGAGGCGCUGUACGACACGGUCGGGCGUGUGAAUGGCUGGGAGUAUCUCACGAUCUGGGUGAUCGUGAUCGUGAUGACGUACUGGGACUUUGUCAUUGGCAUUUUGGCGGGCAUCAUCAUCGCAUGCUGCUUCUUUGUGGUGCAGACCUCGCGCCGGAAGACGGUGCGCGCCAUCUUGGACGGCAGCGUGGCGCGCAGCACGGUGCGACGCCACAUGACCCAGCGCCACUUUCUCGACGAGGUGGGAACGCAGACGCAGAUCAUCAAGCUGCAGGGCUUCCUGUUCUUCGGCACGAUCAACUCGGUGGAGAACCUGAUUCGGCGCGCGCUCGAUAUUGCAGCGUGGAACCAGAAUCCGAUCCGGUUCCUCAUUGUCGACUACACGCUCGUGAGCGGCGUCGAUUUUUCGGCCGCCGAGGCGUUCCUGCGCAUCAACCGGCUGCUCAUGGCGAAGGGCGUGCUGCUCGUCUUCUGCGGUCUCAAUCCGGACAGCGACGUGGGUGUGGCGCUGCGCAGCGUCGACCUGUGGGCGGACAGGAGCGAGAACCUCGAGGUGUUUGCGAACCUCAACGAGGCGCUCGAGUGGACGGAGAACGAGUACCUGCGCGGGAUGUAUGCGUCGAGCCUCAUGGCUGCCAAGGCGUUUGGCAAGGCGUCGCUGGCUGCCGAGGGCGGGCUGACGGUGCCGGACCAGAAGCGCAAGCCUGCGUUUGUGCUGGAUCAUUCGGUGGAAAACUCUCCGCGCCGACAUCACCUGCACGAAGCAGCCAAGACGGCGGUGCGAAGCGAACGCACGACGCCCAUCUCGGAGAUCGUGCCCACCUUGCCGACCGAGGCGAAAGAAGGGGACUCGGCGAUCCCGGCGGUCAAAGCUGCGGCUGGGCAGCCGUUGCCUUUGCUGGGCAUCACGUUCCGGGCGUAUCUGCAGGGUCCGACGGGUGUGGCGGAGGAGGAAUUCUUUACGCAGCUCGUGCCGUACUUUGUGCAGGUGCGCAAGGGCAAGGGCGAGGUGCUUUGGAGUCGGGGCGAUGUGGCCGACGGCAUGUACCUGAUCGAAAAGGGCAUUGUCAAGGCGCGCUACGACUUUCCGCAGGAGCAGUACGAGAUCAACGAGGCCAUGCUUGCCGGCACCAUUGCGGGCGAGCUGACGUUCUUGUCGAGGAAGGAGAGGAACACCACGGCGUAUGCGGAUACAGACUGCACGCUCUGGAUGAUCGACCAGGACAAGUUGGAGGCCAUGCAUAGCGAGAGGCCCCAAGUGUACCAGCGUUUCGUCGAGGUUCUGCUCAGGGUGGCGGGCGAUGAGCAGGAGAGCAUCAUGUCCUACCUCGUAUCGAGGCUCAGCUGA